AUGGCAGGCUCCAAGCUUCUUGCUGCUCUGACAUGGCUGCUGCGUCUGGUGUCAGCCGGUUCCCUAAUCACGCAAACACCUCUCAACGUAACCGUUUCGUCAGCGGAGCAUAACAAGUCAAUUUUUCAAUGCUGGCAGAUGCUCACACCUCCCAUCAGUACGCAAAUUAAUCAAGGCGUUGGCGGGUUCCUCGAGACGCAACCACUGGGCGGCGUUUCGUCCUUCAGUCUCAGUGCCAUUCCCGCAAAUAUGAGUUUGGGCUCGCAUGUAGCACCGGCGAAGCAAUGGUCUAUCGUCCUGUCCGGGUCGAUUCUCGCUUAUCUCCCGAACAAGACCGACAUAAGCCAGGCAGUGUUCGUGGCCGCUGGCGCCAACAGUGUGCUUUUUAGCGACGAUACAGCGGACGUGAGCUCGGACGGGCAUGUAACACUCGCAGUGGAAGAGACGGUGUUGCUGCAAAUCCCAACGGCGAACGGUACGGUGCCGCCGCACAAAGUGCUUCACAACGGACCGUGUGCUGGCCAGGAGUUGCUGAGUUGA